UUUUCUUCUCCUUCACUGGUACAUUUAAGUCGAUGCCAAAGCCCAAGAUGCUCAGGAUUUGACCCCAGUUUCCGGGGACUAGCUCGUCAACACCUCUGGAUCGGAACCCCUCUGCAGGCAGUCCCCACCCUGCCGAAAUGCAACUCAGGGACUUCAGCUUCUCGUUCCCGGCCGAGUCCUCGGAGAACUCGAGUCUUGGGAGGAAGGAACGCGGACUUUGCCUUUGCGCCCCCCACGCCCGGCCCUCGGGAGGCAAAGGGUUAACGCGCGGUAAGCGCAGGAGCCCAGCAACCGCUAGAGGACGCCAGGCUGUAGCUCCGCCGGACGCUCGCGAUCACGUGGUGGUGAGGCGGGACCAAAGGAGCGGCCGACCAAUCGGGUGUGCGGUCAGUGGGUAUUGUGACCAAUAAGAACAGGGAGUGGGGUCCCGGGACUAGAGGAAAGGAGGACCGGGACGGGGCUACAGGACCAUGGGCCUUUUGACCAUCCUGAAGAAGAUGAAGCAGAAAGAACGGGAGCUGCGACUGCUCAUGCUGGGCCUGGACAAUGCCGGCAAAACCACCAUCCUCAAGAAGUUCAAUGGGGAAGACGUGGAUACCAUCUCACCGACACUGGGGUUCAACAUCAAGACCCUGGAGCACCGGGGGUUCAAACUGAACAUCUGGGAUGUUGGUGGCCAGAAGUCACUGCGCUCCUACUGGAGGAACUACUUUGAGAGCACGGACGGCCUCAUCUGGGUGGUGGACAGUGCUGACCGGCAGCGCUUGCAGGACUGCGCUAGGGAGCUGCAGGGCCUGCUGGUGGAGGAGCGCCUGGCUGGAGCUACCCUCCUCAUCUUCGCCAACAAGCAGGACCUUCCCGGAGCGCUGUCCUCUAAUGCCAUUCAAGAGGCCCUGGAGCUGGACUCUAUCCACAGCCACCACUGGUGCAUCCAGGGCUGCAGUGCCGUCACCGGGGAGAACCUGCUGCUAGGCAUUGACUGGCUGCUGGAUGACAUCUCCAGUCGCAUCUUCACAGCUGACUGAGCCACUCCGGAUAUCCCUGCCUCAAGGCCCAGGCCCCAGCCCUUACCCACACCACCCAGAGAGCAUGGGCGCCAGCCAGUGGACUGACAUGCCACUCCCUGCCCCCAGAACCUGCUGCUGCUGCUGCCCGGUGCCCUCCCAGGGCCAAGGAGGAAAGCACUGGGGCUGGGAGGGGACACCGCUGCUGCUGUUGAGGCCCGCCCUGUCCUGUAGUCAGUGAGAAUAAAGCACUCCUUA